CGGGGAGCAACGAAAGGCCAGCAAGGAUCACCCUUGGAAUAAGCGGGACCUGCGCAUAGCCUCUGUCUCCCCCGCCGCCCAGCAUGGCGUCCUUACCGCCGAGCGAGGCACAAGCCGGCAAGAAGGUAGCCAACUACCAUGCACCACCCACCCUCUUCCCCAGUCCGGCAGACAGCGAAGGCACACAUGUGCAUGUACUGCGCUGCCUCACCUCAACCAUUCACCUCGGCUUCCACCUGUUCCCGCACAUCGUCCACACGCUGCUGCUCGAAGAGGCGAGCCCAACGGCCAAUGGCAAGUCGAGCGCCUUUGUGCUCGUCGCCGAUCGCAACAUCGCCUCACUCUUCCUCGAUGCGUUCGUCGCUGAGUUUAACAGCGCGCUCGACGCCGGCUGGCCCUCCUCUUCAGCGGAAAGUUCAAUAAACGAUGCAAUCUCCACGUCAACGCAUCAUAUACGGCCUCGCUUGCUAACGUACAUUGUCCCACCCGGCGAAGGUUCUAAGAGCCGAGAGACCAAGGCAGACUUGGAAGACUGGAUGCUGUCGCAAAAGCUCACACGCGACGCCACAGUCAUUGCGCUCGGCGGAGGUGUCAUCGGUGACUUGGCCGGUUUCGUUGCUGCAACGUUUAUGCGUGGCAUCAAAUUCAUCCAGAUCCCCACGACGCUCCUUGCGAUGGUUGACUCGUCUGUCGGAGGCAAGACAGCGAUCGACACGCCGGCGGGCAAAAACCUGAUCGGUGCCUUCCACCAGCCGUGCUUCAUCUUCAUCGACGCCGCAUUGCUCGCUACGCUGCCCGAGCGCGAGUUCAGCAACGGCAUGGCCGAGGUCAUCAAGACUGCCGCCAUCUGGGAUGCGGACGACUUUGACAAGCUCGAGCUGAAUGCUGCGCAGAUCCGCAACGCAGUCAUGGACCGGCCCGCGGCAGGGUCCGAGGGACCAGUACAGGCACAAGGAAGGACGCUCGCGACGCGCACACAAGCCCAGUCUCUGCUCCUCGAUGUCAUCCGUGGCAGCGUCGGCAUCAAAGCGCACAUCGUCACAAUUGACGAAAAGGAAACUGGGCUGCGGAACCUCGUCAACUUUGGACACUCGAUCGGCCACGCCAUUGAAGCCAUCCUGACACCAGACCUGUUGCACGGCGAAUGCGUCAGCAUUGGCAUGGUCCUCGAGGCGGAGAUCGCGCGCGCCAUGCCGCACGGGUUGCCUCAAGUCGUCAUAGGGCGCCUGACGCGUUGUCUGAAGGAGUACAACCUCCCCAUUAGCAUGGAAGACCCGCGCAUCUUGCGCAUCACCUCAACGCAGAGGCAGGAGAAACAACUCAGCGUCGAGCGCCUGCUGGACAUCAUGCGUGUCGACAAGAAGAACAGCGGUGCGCAAAAGAAGAUCGUCCUCCUCUCCAAAGUUGGUGGCACGGUGGAGGAGAGGGCGUCGACGGUGCCGGACUCCAUCAUCCGCCGUGUUCUCGCACCGUCCGUGCGAGUCGUACCCAUUCCUCCGCAGCUGGGAGGCGCAUCCCAACAAGCAGCGCCCGUCAAGACCGUCAAACUCUCUACGCCCGGCUCCAAGUCCCUCUCCAACCGCGCACUUGUGCUGGCCGCGCUGGCGCGGGGCACAACGACGCUGCGCAACCUGCUGCACUCGGAUGACACGCGGGUCAUGAUGGCCGCGCUCUCCGACCUCGACGCGGCGCGCUUCGAGUGGCGCGACGGCGGCCGCACGGUCGUCGUGCACGGCAAGGGCGGUCAUAUGGUGCAGCCCAAGAACGGCAAGGAGCUAUACCUGCAAAAUGCGGGGACCGCCGCGCGCUUCAUGACGAGCGUCUGCGCGCUCGUGCCCUGCUCCACUUCCGCAGCCGAGCAGCCGGUCGUCAUCACGGGCAACAAGCGCAUGAAGGAACGCCCGGUCGGACCCCUCGUUGACGCACUUAUGUCCAACGGCGUCAGCAUCCAGUACCGCGAAAAAGUAGGGUGUUUGCCGCUUGCCAUCUCUUCCUCCCAAAACGGUGGUCUCCGCGGAGGUCUGAUCCAGCUCGCAGCUUCCAUCUCGUCGCAGUACGUCUCGUCCAUCCUGCUCUGCGCGCCUUACGCGACGCAUGAGGAAGUCGUGCUCGAGCUCGUUGGUGGACAAGUCAUCUCACAGCUGUACAUUGACAUGACCGUCGCCAUGAUGCGCUCCUUUGGCAUCCAAGUCGAACGCCUCGCCGAGAACAAGUACCGCAUUCCGCGCGGCCACUACGUCGCGCCUUCCGCGGCGGAAGGCGGCGUGUACGAAAUCGAGUCGGACGCCAGCAGCGCGACGUACCCGCUCGCGCUCGCUGCGAUCACAGGAACCGAGUGUCUGCUGGAAGGCAUCGGGUCUAGUUCUCUGCAGGGCGAUGCGCGCUUCGCGAAGGAAGUGCUCGAGCCCAUGGGAUGCGAGGUUGUGCAGACGGCCAACAGCACGCGCGUCCGAGGCCCGCCGAGAGGUCAGCUGAGGCAGAUCGGCACCGUUGAUAUGGAACCGAUGACCGACGCAUUCCUCACUGCAUCCGCCUUGCUCGCCGUUGCGGGUCUGCCAGUCAACAGCAGCGGCGGAGAAACACUGUUAUCGACACGGAUCACCGGUAUCGCCAAUCAGCGCGUCAAAGAGUGCAACCGAAUCCAGGCGAUGAUGGAUGAGCUGCACAAGUUCGGCGUGCGUACCAUCGAGCACGAGGAUGGACUCGAGAUUUUUGGCGUCGCAGAUUUCGAGAAGAACCUGAAGCGCGACGUACAGGUGCACACAUACGACGAUCACCGCGUCGCAAUGGCAUUCAGCGUGUUGGCAGCUGUCGCACCCGGCAAGGGGACCAUAUUGGAGGAGAAGCGCUGCGUGGAAAAGACGUGGCCGGACUGGUGGGAUGCGCUCGCGCGUGAAAUGGGCGUCAGCGUAGAGGGUGUUGAACUCGAUGCCGCUCACACCUCUGCGGCGUCAGCGUCUAGCAGUGCUCUAGCCGCACUCCCGCCACUGAAUACGCUCAGUAACCACUUGACUCCUCGCGCAUAUCCGCCUGGUGCGACAAUUUUUUGCAUCGGCAUGCGCGGGACUGGCAAGACGUAUCUGGGCAAGUUCGCCUCCGAAGCCCUCCGGCGCCCCUUCCUGGAUGCAGACGCGAUCUUUGAUGAGCGGCACACGCUCAACAAUUUCGUUAAAACGCACGGCUGGCCAAGCUUUCGCAAGAUUGAGCGUGAGAUCCUUGAAGAACUCAUCCGCGACAAAAGCACCAAUCACCUCAUCUCGCUUGGCGGAGGCGUCGUCGAGACGCCAGAAAAUCGCGCCUUGCUGCGCGAGUAUGCGCAGACCCGCGGGCCAGUCGUGUACAUCAAGCGUGACAUUGAGGAGAUCGUCGCCUUCCUCAGGACUAGCGGGCGCCCGCCCUAUGGUGAGAGCGAGCGAGACGUCUGGGCGAGACGCCAGCCGUGGUUCUACGAAUGCUCGAGCUGCGAACUGGUCAAUUACACGAUCGGAGACGUCAAGCAGGCGACCAGCGGCUCAGAGGCUGCAUCAGAAAUAGCCUCACAUGUGCCUGAGAACAUCGUCUCGAUCCGCAACGCUCGCACGCUCAUCGACGAGGUACGCCGCUUCUCGCGCUUCAUCACGGGCGUCGACAGCAAUCGUCCAUCCGCUAACAUCCUCGCAUCAAAAGAAACGCAUAUGCUCUGUCUGACCUUCCCGGAUAUCCGAGCUGCGCUUCCGAUGCUCGAGGAGAUCAGCGUUGGUGCCAACGUCAUCGAGCUGCGCGUAGAUCUUCUCAAUCCUGCCGGCAUCGCAUACACCACCCCUGCCAUCCCGCCGGCAGAGUACGUCUCAUGCCAGCUCGCUGCGCUGCGCAGCCGUACGACGCUGCCCAUCAUCUACACCGUCCGCACACAGAGCCAGGGCGGCAUGUUCCCGGACGCAGAAGAGGAGGCAUACUUUGAGCUCAUAAAGUUCGGUUUCCGCGCUGCAUGCGAGUACGUCGAUGUGGAAGCACGAUGGUCGGAGCAGAAAAUCGCAGCGUGCGUCGUGGCAAAGGGACAUAGUCAUAUCAUUGCUUCAUGGCAUGACUGGAGCGGCAACUUGCGCUGGGGCGAUAAGUCAACGCUGGACAAGUAUGCCGAGCUGUGCAAGUUCGGAGACGUCACCAAGAUUGUCAGCAAGGCGUGCACGCUGGCGGACAAUCUGGAGCUUGAGACUUUCAGACGCACCAUCACGGCCCAAGCAGAUGCCAAGCCGCUCAUCGCUAUCAACAUGGGCGCAGUGGGGCAAAUGUCACGCAUCCUCAAUCCGGUGUUCACGCCCAUCACUCAUCCAGCACUGCCAUUCAAAGCAGCACCCGGACAGCUCAGCUUUGCGCAGAUCGCGAAUGCGCGGACGCUGCUUGGCCAGCUGGAGCCCAAACGCUUCUUCCUGCUGGGCACGCCGAUCAGCCACUCGCUAAGCCCUACGCUGCACAAUACCGGCUUUGCGAUCACAGGUCUUCCGCAUACAUAUGGGCUGCAUGAAACGUCAAAGGUGGAUGAGUCGGUGCGCGAUGUCAUCCGCAGCGCCGACUUUGGUGGCGCUAGCGUCACGAUUCCUCACAAGUUGGCCAUCAUUCCUGAGCUGGACUCAAUCACGCCACACGCCAAGAUGAUCGGAGCAGUCAACACGAUCAUUCCGGUCCGCUCUGGUGAACAUGCAGGUGCGUCGGCGCACUUGGUUGGCGACAACACAGACUGGGCUGCAAUCCACGCCCAAACUGUGCGGCACCUCGCAACUUCGAGCGUCGGCGAGGCGGAAGGGGAGGUGGACGCGGACGGCUUGACAGCGCUUGUGAUCGGAGCGGGCGGGUCGGCGCGCGCGGCCAUCUACGCGAUGCAGCAGCUGGGCGCGCGACGCAUCUGGCUAUUCAACCGGACGCCCGCAAACGCGGUGCUUCUUGCGCAGAGCCUGCCGUCUGAGUGGAACGUGGAGGUGGCCGAGUCGCUCGUGGGCCUUCAGCCGCUUCCGCGCAUCAUCGUCAGCAACGUCCCCGCCGACGGGACGACAAUUGAGCAGGGCGGUGCGGCCAUCUUUCUCGCGCGGGAAAUGCUCGCGCAUCGAAAGGGAGGAGUUGUGAUCGAUAUGUCUUACAAACCGAGCCACACGCCGCUCAUGGAGCUCGUGCGCCGUGAGAACGCCAAGCGCAGCUCAGGAGCCGCGUCCAGCGGGCAGUGGACCGGCAUCCCGGGGCUGGUGAUCCUCCUGGAGCAGGGCUGCACGCAGUUUGAGUUGUGGACGGGCCUGUCGGCACCGCAGGUACCUGUCAUGAUGCAGUCGAUAAGGAGCACACACGGUAAUGGGACGCGACGGGUGACGAUACAGCAUUUGCAAACGAGACUGUGGGGCGCGCGUCUUCCUCUACUCUACUCUCGUAAAUGGAAGCCAAAAGAAGAAGAAAAUGGAUAUCCCAUGAAUAGAUUGAUGCUCUAGUUUGGUUCGGCUGGCUGUGAUAUGCGCAAGCUCUCACGCAAGAGUGAUAAGCGGGUGAAGGUGGAGC